AUGUCCACCUCCAUGGCUACCUCCGUGGCCGCCUCCAAACCCGCCGUGCCCUCCUCCAUGGCUGCCUCCAUAGCCGCCUCCGUGGCUUCCUCCAAACCCGCCGUGCCCUCCUCCAUGGCUGCCUCUAUGGCUACCUCCGUGGCCGCCUCCAAACCCGCCGUGCCCUCCUCCAUGGCUGCCUCCAUGGCCGCCUCCGUGGCUUCCUCCAAACCCGCCGUGCCCUCCUCCAUGGCUGCCUCCAUGGCUUCCUCCAAACCCGCCGUGCCCUCCUCCAUGGCUGCCUCCAUGGCCGCCUCCGUGGCUUCCUCCAAACCCGCCGUGCCCUCCUCCAUGGCUGCCUCCAUGGCCGCCUCCGUGGCUUCCUCCAAACCCGCCGUGCCCUCCUCCAUGGCUGCCUCCAUGGCUUCCUCCAAACCCGCCGUGCCCUCCUCCAUGGCUGCCUCCAUGGCCGCCUCCGUGGCUUCCUCCAAACCCGCCGUGCCCUCCUCCAUGGCUGUCUCCAUGGCCGCCUCCGUGGCCGCGGCGGCCAAGAAACUUGUUCAGGAGGCCUGA